CUCAACUCCUACACCACCAUGUCCAUGUCCAUGUCCAAUUUCACUCUUACCUCUCAAACCUUAUCUUCUUCCCCGUUUCUCCCCCACUCCGUUCCCAACAACCCAACCACCGACACCGCUUUCUUGACACCCCGUCUUCGAACAGAAAGGGCCAUUGAAUUCCAUACUGGAAAUACCUUCUACCGCCAUGAAAGCGCGACAGGCCGCGACUUAGGGGUCCUCUCCGCAUCCCUCUACAGGAAAGCAAAUGGCUCCUUGCGAGUUCUCGACGCGAUGUGCGGCUGUGGUAUCCGCUCUCUUCGCUAUCUCCUUCAAGCAGACGCCGAUUUCGUCAUGGCAAACGAUGCAAACGAUGAGUACAGAAGGGUUAUUUUGGACAAUCUUAAGAGGGUAGAGAGGUAUUCGGGGAAUGAGAGGAGAUGGGUAGUCACCCACACCAAUGCCGAUCGCCUCUUGAGUCAAUGCUACCUGCAAGGGGACUUCUUUGAUCUGAUUGACAUUGACUCUUUUGGGAGCGACUCGGAUUUUUUGAGGUCCGCGUUUAAUGCGUUGAAAUUCGGCGGCUUGCUUUAUCUUACCUCCACAGAUGGGUACUCUUCCGGUGGUCACCGCCCUUACAAUUCAUUAGCUGCGUAUGGAGCAUUUAUUCAGCCCAUGCCAUAUGCAAAUGAGAUUGGUUUGCGAAUGCUUAUAGGUGGAGCUGUGCGGGAAGCUUCUGUGCUGGGUUUUCAUGUCACACCGCUCUUUUCAUACUAUUCUUACCAUGGCCCUGUUUUCAGAGUCCUGCUCCAAGUGAAUCGGGGGAAGCUGCACGAAAACAGGGAAUAUGGCUUCAUCACUUACUGCAACCUGUGUGGAAAUUCUCAAGCUUUUUCAUGGGAUGAACUUGGUCAGAUUGGUUGCCCAUGUAGUGAUACAAAGGCUUCUAAGUCACUCAAUGUCUCAGGGCCCUUGUGGCUAGGACCUCUUCAUAGUGCUGCCUACAUAAUGGAAAUGCUAGACUUGGCAUAUGACUGGGGAUGGGUGGGCAAUGGUGCAGGUGCUGAUCUGGAAAAACUACUUAAACGAAUGAUAGAUGAAAGUGACCCCAGAUUACCAUCUGGGUACAUUAAAAUGGAUGAGAUGGCAAGCCGCGCGAAGGUAAAUACACCUUCCCUGGAGACAAUGAUGGACGCCAUCCAUAAGGAGGGAUAUGUUGCUAGUAGGUCUCACAUUGCUUCCAAUGCGAUAAAGACAAACUGUCCCAUGCCAUUUUGUAUCAGGAUUGCUAAACAGCUACAGGGUAGGUGAAAGUAAAGACUAAAGACGGUGUUGGUGAUUCCAGUGCCACUGGCUAGGGAAGCUGGAACAAAUUAAUUGGUCAGCAAUUGCAGGGAGUUUUUGGAGUUUGACACGAUUUAACUCGUAGAUACCAAUUUGAAUUGUAUGUAAUCUCAGACUGCAAAAAUCCUCAACCAUCUUAGUAGACUGAAGCAGGAGCAGUCGACAAAAAUGGUUGUGCGGCAGCUAGGAAAAUAUAAACUUACCCGUUCCAAUAUGAAGCAGUUGGAAAUUAUUUACUCA